AAAACAAAUAUCUUCCCUCUAUCUCUCAUCAGACGAAACUCAAAACCCCAAACCCUAACCUUCAUUCAUCGGAAAAAAAUCCCCAAAUCCCCAAAUUUUCUCUCUUUUUCCUUCCAUCCAAACAUGGCGACGAUCAGCCUGAGAAAGGCUAACACACGGCUCCCACCGGAAGUGAACCGCGUUCUGUACGUUCGAAACCUCCCCUUCAACAUAUCCAGCGAAGAGAUGUACGAUAUCUUCGGCAAGUACGGCGCGAUUCGGCAGAUUCGCAUCGGCACCAACAAGGACACCAGAGGGACGGCGUUCGUGGUCUACGAGGACAUCUACGACGCCAAGACCGCCGUCGACCACCUCUCCGGCUUCAACGUCGCCAACCGCUACCUCAUUGUGCUCUACUACCAGCAGGCCAAGAUGAGCAAGAAGUUCGAUCAGAAGAAGAAGGAAGAGGAGAUCACCAAGUUGCAAGAGAAGUACGGUGUGUCCACCAAAGAUAAGUCAUAGAACAUUUGAAGCCAUCGAAUUUGCAAUUUGGGUCUUUUCUCUUUUCUGUGAAGUUUGUGUUUUUUGAGAAUUGAUAAAUGCAGACAACGAUUUAUUGGGUUAUCUAUGAAAUGGGUACAGUUGGUAUACGAA